UCCGAAUGAGAACAAACAUUUUGAGGUUAGUUCGGAAAGUGAAUUUUAAGAGUGAGAAUUGUGUGGCAUCGUAAAAAUUGUAGGGGGUCUUUUUCGUUAAGAUCCAAAAGCAAUCGCGUCCUUUUAGGGAAAUAUAAUGUCUGUGAUAUUUGCCGAUACUUAAAAGUAUUCGUUUUUAGUUGCAAUUUUUCUUGUCGAUAACAUGUCGUCGGCUUCAAGUUCUUUCGGAGCAAUGCGGGAGUUGGGGAUUGCCGUUUUGAAUGUUUGACGAAUAUUUUGAGUUUGUAUUCGGUUAUGGUUUAUUGAAUUAUUUAGGUGUGGAUAAAAAAAAAUGGUGAAAGAAAAACCAAAUUCUAUUCGUAUAUAUGACUCUGAAGGUUAUAGACGGAGAGCGGCAUGUAUCUGCGUCAAGAACGACCUCGAGGACGAGGUGCUCCUGGUGACAUCAAGUCGCAGACCUGAUAGCUGGAUAGUUCCUGGUGGCGGUGUCGAACCCGAAGAGGAACCAGCAGUUACAGCCUUGCGAGAAGUGAGAGAAGAGGCUGGAGUUUUGGGACAACUUGGACGAUGUCUUGGAGUAUUUGAAAGUGCAGAGCAUAAACAUCGAACGCAAGUGUGGGUGAUGCGUGUAACGGAGGAAUUGCCCGAAUGGGAAGAUUCACGAGCAAUUGGCCGGAAACGUAAAUGGUUUUCCAUACCGGAUGCAUUGUUACAGCUCGCCCAACAUAAACCUGUACAGCGUUCUUAUUUGCACAGUCUUCACAAUACAAAUCCGCGACACAACAAUCCGAAUACAAAUCCUUCACACCAUACACACAGUCCAACAACUCCCAUUCAACUCAUGAAUAAUUCUAGUAGCAAUCCUCAUUUCAAUAAACAUAGCUAAUAAUGCUGACGAUCCAUAAUUUUUUUCUUCUUUUCAUUUCUGAUUUUUAAUUUUUAAUUUUUAAUUUUUUUUUUUUUUUUUUUUUUUUUUUGAGUGAAAAAAAACAACACAUUUUUCUAUUCGAUAUCAGAACUUUUUGCUAUCUUCUUGCUUCUCACAAAAAAUCAUCAUAAUAAUUAUUAUUGUAUUUUAUACAUGUAAUAACUGAUAUUGAACUACGCUAAUUAAUUAAUAUAUUAGAUUGUUAAUUCCCCCCAAAAAAAGAGAAAAAAAAAUAACCGAAGGAGCAGUUUUUACAAUCUUAUUUUGUAAAACGUCAUUUUGGAAAGAAAAAGAAAAAUACUUUUCAAAAUAACGUUAUUGAAAUGGGAAGUGAAGAAAAUUUGAAAAAUGAGAGAAAGAGAGAGAGAGAGAGAGAAAGAGAAACUGUGUGAGAGAAAGAGAGAAUUUGUGACGAUUUUCAAAGCGUUUUAGCAUAAUUGAAACAUUAGUUUUUAAAAAAGAAUUUGUAAGUCCAAAAAUCUGUAUUCACUACUAAGAAAAAAUAUUAACUGAUUUUUGUAAAUUUUUAGAAAUUUCAUCAUUCUAAUGACGAAAGUUUCAAAAAAAAAAAAAAAAAAAAAAAUGUACUGUCUCUAUAUUAUAUAAUUAAUUCAUGUCGAUUUUUGGAAAGAUAUCAAAGAGACUCGAGAGCAAUACAUCAAGCGCCAAACUAUAAUAAACACUAUAAGGUGAAAUUUGUUUAUAUAAAAAAAGACAACAAAAUUGACAUCGUUUUUUUAGCAAAAAUUAAACUCUUAUUUUAAUUGGAAAA